UUUCACCGGUCGAUUAAACACCCCCCUUUAAACACGGGCCUGAAGAACUCUCUACCCUUUCUCACUCUCCUACUUUUUUUCUCUUCCCUCUCGUCUCAAACAUCGCCGGAACAAAAGAUGUCCGAAGAAUUCGCUGUCCGAGUAGAGCAAGGUCUCAAGCUCUCACGACGGAUAUACUACGGCAAAGGCAUCGCUCCUCCCGCAGUCCCGGACCCUCAGUCAUCGCCGGAGAAUUUUCUUCCGAUGGCGAUUACGGCUUACGCAUCAAUCACAGAUCCGGUGGCUGUUGACAACCCCGACGUCCCGAGCUACCAGCCGUACGUGCACGCACGUUGCGACCCGUCGGCGCUCGUGCCGCUUCAGAUGCUCGGGAUAGAGAUGAGAGUAGAUUGCUGGCUCGACACGGCGUUUGUCACCGUCACCGGACGGUGGCGCGUUCACUGCGUUAUGCCUAGUAAACGCUUUGACUGCUGCAUCGCUGUUCCCAUGGGGGAGAAGGGUACACUUUUAAGUGCUGAAAUUGAUGUCCUGAGCAAUGAGAAGUCUUACAAGACCAAACUAGUUACAGAGGAAGAAACUUCUGACAUUGAUAACGUUCACAAAGACAAAGAUUCACGUUUCUUGAAGUCUCAAAUCUAUACUUUCAAGAUCCCACAUGUUAGUGGAGGAUCCAUCUUUUCGGUUAAUGUGAAUUGGUCACAGAAACUGGUCUACAAAGACGGCAAGUUUCAUCUCAAUGUGCCUUUUAGGUUCCCUGCUUAUGUGACUCCUGUAGGCAAAGAGAUUACUAAACGAGAAAAGAUUGUGUUAAACAUGAAUUCUUGUGUUAAUGGUGGUGAAGUAGCCUGCAGUUACUCAAGUCAUCCUUUAAAGGUUAUUAACCGUGAAUCUGGUAAAUUAAGCUGUGAGUAUGUUGCUGAAGUAUCUUCUUGGUCAAGGGCUGAUUUUGAUGUUUCAUUCAAUGUUUCCUCUGGUGAUCUGAGUGGUCAUGUUUUGGUUAAGUCUCCAUCUCCAUGGGAUUCAGAUGACAGAGGAAUGUUCUGUUUGUACCUUUUCCCUGGAACCACCAAGCACAAACAGGUUUUCAGAAGAAGAGUUGUGUUUGUGAUUGACAUAAGUGGAAGCAUGAAAUGGAAGCCGCUGGAGGAUGUAAAGAAAGCCUUGCUAGAGUCUUUGGAUAAGCUAGAACCUGAAGAUGUGUUCAACAUAAUCGCCUUCAAUGACAACAUUCUAGAAUUCUCAACUAAGAUGGAGUUUGCAACUGAUGAGACUAUAUCUGCUGUGACUGAAUGGCUCGAUAGUAAUUUAAUCGCAAGUGGUGGAACAAACAUGUUACUUCCCUUGAUACAGGCUAUGAAGUUGCUUGAAGGAAGCAAGGUUGGAGUUCCUCUUGUAUACCUUGUCACUGAUGGGUCUGUUGAAAACGAGAGAGAGAUAUGUAAUGCCAUGAAAGAAUGUUGUAGUGGUCACGAAAAAUCGAUUUCUCCAAGGAUAUCUACUUUUGGCAUUGGUUCUUUUUGCAACCAUUACUUCUUGCAAAUGCUAGCGAGGAUAGGGAAUGGUUACUAUGAUGGUACAAACAACACAGAUUCAUUUGAGCAUCAGAUGAGUAGACUAUUCGAUUCUGCUUCUUCUACAAUCGUAGCCAAUACUACUUUUGAUGCUCUCAAACUCCUUCGCUCAGUGGAGCUGUUUCCUUCUCAGAUUCCAGACAUCACGCUUGGUCAACCAUUGAUCUUGUCUGGAAGAUACAAAGGACAGUUCCCAGAUGAAGUUGAACUCAGAGGCACGCUGGCUGAUUUGAGCUGCUUUACAAUUGAGUUAACAGUGGAGAAAGCUAAAGACAUUCCUCUAGACAAGGUUCUUGCGAGGAGACAAAUCGAUGAACUCACUGCUCAAGCUUGGUUCGAAGACAAGAAAGAGCUACAAGAUAAGGUCACGAGAAUGAGUAUACAAACAGGGUUUCCUAGCGAAUACACGCAGAUGGUUUUAUCACUCAAGGACAACGACGUAGAGAAGACAAUAGAGAGACCAGUUUCAAUCAAAGAGAUUCUUAGGAACCCAUCGUACCAAAUCCACAAGCAGAUGAGCAGGAACAUCGAGAGAACGAGUUUGCUUGGGAAACAAGGGUUUGGGUUUGGUAACUUGGCAGCCACGUUAAAUAACUUGCCGCCGUGGAUGGAAGAGCCUAAAGAGCCGGAAGGAGCAGAGAUUCUCAUAAGAGCUGCGUCAGGAGUGGUGGAUCGUGUCUGCUGUAUGUGUUGCUUGCAGUGCCUUUCUAGGGUUAGCGAUCAGUGCACCAUAGUCUUCUCUCAGAUUUGUGCAGCAUUGGCUUGUUUCCAGUGUCUUGGUUGCUGUUUCGAAGUCUGUGGCUGUCUUGACCUCUAAGAAAGCAGGUCAGUGUAUGGAGAUAACAUAAAUACAAUACAUAUUUUAAGGA